AUGACAUCAGAAGUGAUCGAACGUCUUAGUGGGGGAGUUGAUCGAGUUUCAUCAUUAAUGCUGGCCCUCCGUUCGUCUAUGGGGCUGAGUCGGGCGGUGAGGCUGUGGCGUGUGCGCGCCCUGGAGAUACAGCGGGGCUGCGCAGUCGGCGACCGACUGUAUUUGCCCGCUUCCCAGCCCAGCGCACUCACCAAAGGUUCCCAGUUUUCCUUU